AUGCCACCGAAAGCAAAAACUGCAGCGAAACAACCAGCUGGAAACACCACCUCCGCCAAACCAGGAAAAACAGACGACAAAACGGUCCCUUCGCAGAAUCUAGCAACGGCGGCUGCCGCCACCACCUCAACUAGUACCAGCGCUGAGGGCAACCCAGAGUCAGCUGUCGCUGCGACUGGGUCCAAAAAGAAAACAGUUGUUACUGUUGGAACUGAUGACAAGACCGAAAAGAAGAAAAGGACGAAAAAAAGACACGAGACUUAUUCUUCUUAUAUCUACAAGGUCUUGAAGCAGGUUCAUCCUGAAACCUCCAUCUCCAACAAAGCCAUGUCCAUCAUGAACUCGUUUGUCAAUGACAUCUUCGAACGCGUCGCCACCGAAGCAGCCCACCUCGCAACCUACAACAAGAAAUCGACGAUCAGUUCGCGCGAGAUUCAAACUGCCGUGCGCCUCUUGUUGCCGGGUGAGUUGGCGAAACAUGCUGUGUCGGAGGCACACCUUGAUUAA